CACAUCCGCGCCACAUUGGGGAGAACGAGCGGAGCGAGCGGCACGUGAGGGAGUUGCCAGUUUGCAACGCGAGGCCCGAGCGUGCUGCGGCAUUCGACGCUCGCUGCAUGACAUGUGGAACGAAAUUUCUCGCUAAGGAUCGUUCCGACCGUUCUCGUCUAGCCGGCGACCAACCAUGGUUUUCGAAUCGGUGGUUGUCGAGCUUGUCAACUACGUUCUUGGAGACUACAUUGAGAACUUGGACACGUCCCAGCUCAAGUUGGGAAUAUGGGGCGGAGACAUCAAUCUGAAAGAUCUGGACAUCAAGCAAAGUGCCAUUGAUGAUCUUGAUCUACCUUUCCGUGUCGCAUAUGGUCACAUAGAAAAGCUCACACUGAAGAUUCCAUGGCAGUCAUUAUACAGUGCUACUUAUUCUGCCACGGUGGAAGGCAUCUACAUGGUCAUAGUUCCAAAGUCAGGAGUGAAAUAUGAUGCGGCCAAAGAGCAGAAGCUUCAGCGGGAAGCCAAGCAACGGGAACUUGCUCGAAUCGAGCUGGUGAAGCAGCAAGAGGCAGAGAGAGACAAGCCCAAAGAGGAAAAGCAGGACACCUUCGUUGAGAAAUUGGCGGCACAGAUCAUCAAGAACCUGCAGAUCCGCAUCCGCAACAUCCACAUCCGCUAUGAAGACAAUUUCACCAUCCCCGAGCACCCAUUUUCCUUUGGCAUCACCCUGUACAACUUGUCCUUCGACACGACCAAUGAGGAGUGGGAGCCGUGUGUCCUUGAUGUGUCUGCCAGGAUUGUGCACAAGCUGGUUGAUGUCAGCAGCUUUGGCUUGUAUUGGAACCCAGACUGCAAGCUUUUCAUGGAACAGGAGCAGUCAAAGAUAAAGCCGCUGCUUCAAGAGAAGAUCAGUAAUGAAGCUGUCAGGCCUGCUGAUGUUUCAUACAUGCUCGGUCCGAUUUCCUCGCUUGCCAAGUUGACCAUGGAUACAAAGCCGGAGAUCAAUAACUACAGCACCACAGGGAUGGUUUUGGACAUUCUUGUUGCAGAGAUCAGCAUUGGCAUCAGCAAACGCCAGUUUCAAGACAUGCUGGCACUUUCGGAUUCCGUCAACCGAAUGACACUUGCUGCCCACUACAGGAAGUACAGGCCUGAUGUCCCAGUGCACAACAAUGCUAAAAGAUGGUGGCACUUUGCUUACGAAGCGAUCCUGGAGGAGCACGUGCGACGAUGCAGGCGUAACUGGUCACUGAAGCACAUGCAUGAGCAUGUCCUCAAAGUUAAAGCUUACAAGACUCAGUACAAAGUCAAGUUGCAAACCAAGCAGUCUUCUGAAAACCUCAAGGCACUUGAAGAUGAGUUGGAUGUGUUCAACAUCACACUUGCAAGACGUCAGGCAGAGCUUGAGGUUGAAGAACAGCAGCUGAACGCCCCGAAACAAAGCUGGUUGUCAUCCUGGUGGUUCGGUGGCGACCAAAGUGGCACAGCAUCUCAGACCCAGGACAUUGCCAAGCAGUUUGAGAAAGCCAUGACGCCCGCUGAGAAGGAGAAGCUGUAUGCUGCUAUUGGCUAUCAAGAGAACUCUUCAGCACCAAUCUACCCAGUCAAUUACGUUGCCAAGAAGCUGAAUUUUCUGCUCAAGAACUUUUCAUUGGCUAUACAUGAUGAAGCAAGAGUGAAGACCAUCAUUGUGCAGGUAAUAUUGAAUGAUAUGUCUGCAAGUUUCGAAGAGAGACCCAGAACGGAAGCCAUGAAGUUGGAGUCAAAAAUAGAGAAAUUCAAGGUUCUUGGCUUUCCUGAAGAGCCAUCAGAAUUCUGCACUCUGAUAUCAUCGGAGAUUGUUCAAGGCAAUGAAAAGAAGACUCUUCUGUCCUUUUUGUUCGAAACAAAUCCCAUUGAUGACAAGUGUGACCAGAGAGUUCACCUUUUGGCAGAACCCGUGGAAAUGAUCUACGACGCGACUGUCAUCGCUGCCCUGGCGGAUGUUUUCAGCCCCCCAGAGCAGCAGGCCACCCUUGACAAGCUGCAGGCACAGGCAGUAUCGAAGCUGAACGACAUCAAGGCCAUGUCGGCUACUGGGCUACAGCACGCUAUCGAGCAGCGGAAGGCUCUCGAAGUGCUGGUUGAUCUGAAGCCGUCCUACCUAGUCAUCCACGAAGGUGGUCGGAAGAAGGACAACAAGCUCCUUUUGGUGAUCAGCUUCGGUCAGCUCUAUGUUCACGGCUUGCCGAGGAGUCGCAAGGCGCCUACAGUGCGCGAGCUGGUCAAGUCUGGAAGCACCGAGUCUGAAGUGAUGCAGGUCAUGAUAUCCCAGGCAUAUGAAAAAUACACCGUACGCGUGACGGCCACUGAAAUUGUGGUGUGCCCCCCAGAUAAAGAGUGGAAGUCCGUGCUUAGGAGCGGCAACUCUGAGCUACAUGUCCUGCAGCCUACUGAUGUAUUGGUGGAAAUUGAUAAGUGCAUCAUCGCAGAAAACAUCCGUUUGCCAAAAGUUCGAGUAACUGGGAAGCUGCCGUUGCUACGGGUGUCAGUUACCGAUUUCAAGCUUGUGCAAGUACUGAAGGUCUUGAACAGCAUCCCAACUGGUGGUGCUAGUACACCGCCCAAAGUUGCGGAAGCAGCUCCUGUCAUCCCAUUAGCUGAACAUGAGCUCCCAACAAAGAUUGAGACAACCUCUGCCUUGAAUGUUGUUUCCAAAGGAGAAUCGACAUCAAGCAGUGAGGGUGGGCCACGGCAAGACUAUGAUGCAACGGACCUGGAAUUGAACUUCGAAAUAACCGAGGUGGCCCUGGAUAUCUCGCAGACAAUUCAGGGAGUACUGAAACCUGUGGUGGUCUUCCAAGCGCAGCAGCUGAGCUUGAAGUUGGAUCUUCGGCCGCUGGACAUGCGCUGCCAAUUGUGCCUGAAAAAGACCAUCCUGGAACACAUGGAUUUCACUGCUCCCAACCGCCCUGGGCCACUGAAAAUUCUCGACUCUACAGCCGACCCUGAAACGGGAAGCACGAUCAGCCUCAUAAUUGUGCAGACGAACAAAAAGCACCCAGAUUUUGACACGGUGAGGGGCUCUGUGCUACAGAAGGUGACCCUGGACAUCUCCGAACUGAUGCUGAUUAUGCAUGAAGAAUCCAUCUGUGCCCUGGUGACAUUGUACACUCACUUGAACGACCAGCUUGGCAGCAUGGACAAGGAGCCCAAGGUUUCAGAGACCCAAAUUCAAGCCACCGCUGCAGCGAAACCACUCGGCAGCAAGCAUCCUUCUUCACGCACCAGACGAUCAACUAAUGUGGUUGUGAGCAUGGAUUUGUUUGCUUCGUUGACUGGUUUUGCCCUGGAGAUCUGCAACAAGAACAGGACCAUCUGUGACAUUCUAGUGCGAGGCAUGGAGUUUGGUAUGACGUGGUAUCCGACUAAGCUCGUGACAAGGCUAAACCUCAAGACGGUUGGCAUUGGUGACCCAACACCUGGAACCCUUCAUAAGAACAUACUUGCUGUGCCUGGAGAUGAAGUCAUUGCUUUUGAAAUAACGACUUAUGAGGAAUGUGGAGCCCUGGGCUAUGUGGAAAUGGAUCGAGUGGACAUCAACAUCAAAGCGAGGCUGGGCCGGCUCCAUUUUGUGUUGCUGUACCGUUUCUACUUGGACAUCUAUAACUUUAUAAACAGGUUCCAGGCUGCCAAAGCGAAGAUAAUGGAGGCCACGGCCAGCAUGGCCGAGGCUGCACGUGCCACCGUGGAGUCUGCCUACAAGCAAGCGUACAAGAUGGCCAUGGACAUCCGCAUCGAGGCACCCAUCAUCUGCCUGCCGCAGAACUGCAAGUCACGCAACAUUUUGGUCAUGGACUUUGGAGUGCUGCAUGUGCACAACAAGUUCAAGCUGGACGAGAAUAGCACGCCUGAAUCGCCCUGCCUUCUGGAGGAGAUGGUGGUGGCAUUCGACAACCUCAAGCUCUCGCGAUUCUGCAUGAAAGUUCCACAUUCGCAAGAUGAUGAUGAGUAUCCCCUGCUCCUUCCGGUGUCAUUCAAGUUGCUUGUUAUAAGAAACAUGAACUUUGAGACCCACCCUGAAGUUCCAGAAAUGAAGAAUGAGGGUGUGCUACCAAAGAUUGAGUUGAUUCUCAGUGAAGAGGACUACUGUGCCAUCAUGCGCACCUUGGAUGAGAACUUGAAUGAGAUACCGCCGGAAGAUGAGCCGCUGGAUUGGUCGAAGAUACCCGUGCCUGUCGUGACUAAUGCUCCUUACCCGGUAGAGGAGGUAUACUCACACGACCACACUGAUCCUGUCCUAUCUACAGAUAAAGCGAUAAAGAGGGCCAUCAGAAUUGAUUUGUCGUUCCAGAUUGACUGCGUUGUUUUGGACCUUUACAUGAAGAGGUCGAGCGAGGGGAAGGAAGGCCUGGCCAGGCUGGAGAUUGAGCUCCUCUCGGUCAAGGGACACAUGUUCCAUGACGGGUCCUACUGGAUGGACACGGUGCUUGGCAAUCUGAUUGUGGACGACACUCGUGUCACCCGCAAGAGUGGCCUGACCAGGUUCCUGACACGUUCGAGCCGCAGCAAGGACAAGCUGGUGGAUGUGCUGUACAAGGUGGACAAGAAUGGGGACUUCUUCACCCAGAUUGACUUGUCCAAGAUCACCUUCGUCUACUGUGUCGACUUCUUCAAUGCCAUCAUGAGCUUCUAUUACAUGGACACCAUGUACAAAAAGGCAGAUGAGAAACGGAAGCAGCUGCAACAGCAAGCCACCAAGCGCCAGCAGCCGCCACAGACUCAGGCCUCUGUCACAGAAACAACUUCACCACCAAUGCCCCCGUAUCCUUUGAGGAACUAUACCGUGCAGCUCGAGAUGGACAAGCCAGACAUAGUCCUUGUUGCUGACAUUGAUGAUCCACAGUCUGCAUGUAUUAUCAUGAAGGGAUCUAUCCACCAGAAGCUAAGGCAGGUAGGGACAACACAGUCAAUGAUGGUGAACAUGGAUGACCUCAGGAUGUUUACAUCUUAUGUGGACAAAUUCCAGUCGGAACACAUCCGUUCUGAGAUAUUGAAGCCAACAGAGAUCAGCCUAAACAGCACUUUCACAGUCGAAAGUGGCCAGCACAUGGAAAUCAACUUCUCACCAAUAGAGAUUCACGUGACACCUGGAGCAGUGGAGAUUCUCUCCAAAAGCUUGGGCUCCCUCAGUGCUCCUAGUGCUGAACAAAAGGCCGAUCACGAAGUUGAACCAGACAACAGCGGAGUGUGGAACAUAAUGAUGCUGGACAAGGCAAAACUCUGGUUCUUGGAAGAGCCAACUGUGCCAAUGGCCUUAGAAGCCAUGGAGACCAUGGAAGUUGCACCAGCCACACAAGAUUCCCAGGCUCCCCGGAAGGAUGAGCAAGCUCUUGUGACUGCCAAGUCCAUUGUGAUAACCCUGGAACAAGGUGCUGAGAACCGCACUGUUCCCAUGCUGUUGUGGAAAGCCAGCCUGGAAGCUGAAGUCCUGGAUUGGUCUGGGGAGAUGUCAGUUCGUGGCUUCUUGGGUUCCGUGAUCUUCUACUACAAUGAGAAGCUUGCUGUGUGGGAACCACUGGUGGAGCCCAUUGAAGUUCCCGGUGGUCGCAAGGUCUGGGAGAUUGCUCUUAAGAUUGACAAGCACAUCGGUGAUGAGGAUGUGCACAAUGCAGCCAACAUGCCGCCGAUGUUCUCCAUUGAGCUUCUCGUUGAGGACACCUUGGAGGUGACCAUUUCUCAGACAACACUGCAGGUCCUCAAGGAUCUUGGGGAGGCUUUCAGUGCUGCCUUAGUAAAAGCACCCACGGAGCACAAGCGUUUGGAUGCACCUUAUGUUGUCAAGAACUACCUUGGCAUUGCUGUCCAUGUUAUUCUCGAGGGAACGCCAUUUCGGGUUGCUGCUCCCAAUGUUGAUGACGAUAUUGAUGAGGUGAUCUUGGAGCCUGAUGCCAUGGUGCAACUGACCUUCAAGGAGACCUCCGAGCAGAAGGCAGGGAGGUUCUCGGGCACUCUGGUGGAGCUUAGCCAACAGAACGUCACAGAGGCCAACUUUGCGAUCCAGGUGAAAGAGGCUGGCGUGUCAGCAGUGCGGAAAGUAUGUGUGACCUAUGCUGACAAGCGAUACUUCACGCUGCCCAUCAAGACAUAUCCAGGCGACGACUGGGCAUUCAUCGUGGACACCACGUCCCACUAUGGAUCAAAGCUUGUCAUGAUUUACUCCAUCUGCAAGAUUGUAAACCACCUGUCUGUCCCGAUAGAAGUUUACUACUUGGUCGAAGGUGACAAAGUCUCUGAGGUGUUUCUCUGUGGUGCGAUAGACCCACACAAGGUCCUCCACCUGCCUGUGCGGGCGCUGUACACCAAGACCAGCGAGCUGUUCUUCAAGCCUGUCGGAGAAAAGUACAGAAUGUCCAUGGAGCCAUUCGUUUGGAAGCCCCACAGCGUUGACCACAACAGUAUUCUGCAAUGCCCAUCGAAGACGGAAAGCAACAAGUUCUUUUACAUAAAUGUGUCUGGAAAGACAGAACCCGUGAAGUAUGAUGAAAGCAUUGGCAAGAUUUCGACCAUGCCUCUGUUCAGCAUUGAGCUCCAGCCAACAGUGCUAGUGCGAAACCUGCUCUCCUGCAGCCUCUAUGUCAAACUGGAGAACAUGUCCAAAUUGUUUUGUCUGGAAGCUGGGCAGGGAGUAGAACUCUGGAAUGCUGAAAUUGGAGAAUCCACACUUCUGCUCAAGCUGCAUGGUUACAGAGACAUGGAGUGGUCCUGCACAAAGCUUUUGGAAUCUACCAUGGAUGAACUUUCAGUGCUAACUUUUGAGACUGCAGAAGGUCCGCAAAUGGACCUGGGCAUGCAUGUCGAAACAACCAAUAACUGCAUAGUAUUGGGUCUGUAUUGCCCUUUCUGGAUGGUCAACAAGACGACUGUGGACAUUUCCUACAAGCCUGGAGAAGACAGACGUUUGUCUCUAAUGUCGCAGUCAUCUAUUGAAAAGGAACUGAGUCCAGGAAAGACUGAAGAUUCUGCAGGAAUCCCCCAUCCUGCUACUUUCGAGGGCCCGGUCCUGUUCUCCUAUCGUUCCAAGACAUUGUUCACAAAGAAAAAGGCUGCAAUAAAGAUCUUCAACUCCGAGUGGUCCGAGCGAUUUUCCCUAGAUGCCGUUGGGAGCUCAGGAACCAUAAUCGCCAAAUCCAAGGAUGGCCACUCCUACCUGCUGAGUGUGGGGAUUACACUAAGUUCCACUGGCCUGACAAGAAUCGUCACCUUCACUCCAUACUACCUUAUUUUGAACAACUGCAAGAGUGCCGUCGAGAUCAAGGAGUAUACGGAAAAUUCUGUAUGGAUGAGAAUACUGCCUGGUGCUUGCGUACCAUUCUGGCCUAAAGAAGUACAGAAGCUCGAGCUCUUGGCAAGGUAUGCAGACACAGAGGAGUGCACCGUGCCCUUCUCGUGCAAGGAGACAAAUUCCAUCCUGCUCAAACUUGCAAACAAGAAAGGUGGCUUGUACAUGGCCUGCCAGGUGAGCGAAAGUGCAGCCGUAGUGAGCUUUGGGGACUACGAAGAUGGACUGUCACCCGUCUUCCUGGUGAACCAAAGCAGUGCAGCACUGACCUACUGCCAACAUGGCUACAGGGACAUGUCCAUGUACUCCCUGCCACCCAAGACAGCAGCGCACUACACCUGGGACAACCCAAUGGCAAAACGCUGCCUGCUGUGGGGCCCUGCCGACUGUUCCAAGCUCAACAAGCUUGAGCUGCUUAUGGAUGACUGCGACCAGAUCCAGCUUAAGGAUGACCGCAAGCUGUUCUGGAUUGCAUUCCUGAAUGGCAGGCAGCGAACACUGCUCUUCACUGAAGACUCGGGCCUGGUCUUCAAGAUACAGGAGUCUGGAGCAUUGGAGCGGAACAUCUAUGACAUGGUGCUGAACGUGCAAGCAGUUGGCAUCUCUCUGGUUACUGCAAUACCCAGGAGAGAGAUCAUCUACAUCUCAAUCACAGGUUCUGGUGUAAAGUGGGAGUCCAAGAAGGAGACGAAAAACUACUACAAGGCUGUGUCCACCAAGGAGUCAAACCAGUUGGAGUUGCAGUACCAGCGCUACAACAAUCUGCGCCGGCUGGACAGAGACCCUGCUUCUGUGCUCAUGGUCAAUGGCUACGAGGUGGACUUCAAGCAGAUGAAGAUAAUGUCGAAUCCCAAGAAAGACCUGCGGCGCCUUGCCAGGCCUGGCAUUUGGGCUACGUACAAGAAGUCUCAACACCAGACUAUGGUUCACGCCAAGCUCCACUUGCUCCAGGUUGACAACCAGAUUGCAGAUUGCACUUUCCCUGUGAUAUUGACCCCUGUCACAGUAAGGAGGUCCCUGGGAGAGGGCAUGAUUCCCAAGCCCUUCUUUGAGACCAGUGUGAUAAUGCGACAGUUCGACUACUCACAAGUCCGGCAAUUUAAGUACUUCAAGGUUCUGGUUCAGGAAUUCCAUGCCAGGGUGGACCAAUGCUUUAUCAACGCCAUUGGUUCAUUCCUGACCCUGAAUGAGAAAGAAGCCAACCACGAGGAACUGCUUGAGAAAGACAGGUCAUUGACCAGAGGCGGACUGAAGGAAAUUGCUGAGCAGUUCUCUGAGCAAGGCGUCAAGGACUUCUUCGACAUGCUCCACUUCUCACCAAUCAAGCUUCACUUGAGCUUUUCGCUCUCAGCCGACAGCAAAAACAGCAGUGGCAGCCUGUUUAACCUUUUGCUGCAGAGCUUUGGAGUUACCUUCACAGAGAUACAGGAUGUUGUGCUCAAGCUGGACUACUUUGAGAAGAGCAACACCUACUUGACCAUGCACCAGUUGAUAAAUGAGGCCUCCACUCACUACUUCCAUCAGACCUUGAAGCAGAUCUAUGUGUUGGUGCUGGGGCUGGAUGUGAUAGGCAACCCUGUCGGCCUGCUGACAGGAUUCACUACGGGUGUCGGAGACUUCUUCUACGAGCCACUGCAGGGCGCCAUUCAGGGUCCCGAGGAAUUUGCUGAAGGUCUUGCCACCGGCGUUCGCAGCCUCAUCGGACACACCGUUGGUGGUGCUGCAGGGGCAGUGUCCCGCAUCACAGGCACGCUUGGGAAGGGCAUUGCAGCCCUGACCAUGGACGACGAGUACCAGCGUCGCCGAAGACUGGAACAGAACCGCCGCCCCAAUGACAUUGCAGAGGGUUUUGCCCAGGGCGGAAGGGACCUGGUCAUGGGCGUCUAUGAAGGCAUGACUGGCAUAUUUACCAAGCCAAUGGCUGGUGCUAGGGAGGAAGGCGUCAGCGGCUUCUUCAAAGGGGUCGGCAAGGGCCUGAUUGGCGCAGUGGCCAGACCCACUGGUGGAGUUGUGGACUUUGCCAGUGGCUCCUUCGAUGCUGUCAAGAGGGCUACAGAUUUUGUGGAUGAAGUCCGGCCUGUUCGUCCGGCGCGGUUCAUUAAACCAGACGGAAUUAUCAGGCCCUACAACCUUAUGGAAGCGCAAGGCAAUAGGCUCCUACAGGACGUUGACAAGGGAAAGUAUGCAGAGACGGACGUGUAUGUUGCCCACAUUUCCAUCUGCGAAGAAGGACGGAACAUCUUGCUUGUCACAAAUAGGCGGGUGAUGUUCGUGCUGAAAGGUGACGUGUUUGGCCAGUGGAAUGCAGAGUGGACCUACUCCUGGGAGGAAGUGAAGGAGCCACCGACCGUCACAAGCCAGGGCAUCAAGAUACUGCUCAAGGAGCCAAAGAAGAAGGCUCUUUUUGGCUCCAAGGAGACUGGAAAGAUAAUCCACAUCAAAAACAUGGAUGUGGCCAAAUUCAUAGCACAGAGGAUCGAGGAAGCCAUGAAGAAGCCCCUGUAACAUCUCAUCACUGCACCCUCAACUUCUGUAAUCAAGUGGCCAAGCCCUCCCAAGUCAUGGAAUUGACCAAAGCCAUAAUGGCUCUCCCGUAGACAUGAUGCUUCGUUUUGCACUCCGUGCAUAUGGCUGCUUUAUAUUAUUUAACAUAUUACGAAUCUGCCUAGCAGACUGCAUUUAAGCAGUUUAAUGUGAUUUUCAAUCAGUGUGUGAUCUCCUUGCCAUUUCGGCAACUAUUAACGCUGUCUUUCUCUACGCCAGCCAGCAUCCUGCUAACGUUUUAUAUGCACUUUGCAAAAUGCGUACUUUUUUGGCGUACUAUGCUAUGCACCAUACUACCCGAGUGUCCUUGCUUGAUCAGCUUUACCUCAAUUGUAUCACUAUUAUUAUUUUGUGUGUACAUAUAGUUAUACUUAAUAUCUGUGUGCAAAUAAAUAUCCUAUGCUAUGUAAAUAAAUUGUUGCCCAGACUACAUCAGUUAAUUCGAAACUAGUUGUUUAAUUGCACGUUUCUAUAAAACUGUUUGCUUGCCCUGUGCACACCUAUGUCAGGACCAAACCAAAGCAGCCUAUGCACUGUGGUAGGUAACAAUGUGCAGAGCUUCAUAUAUUUGUGAACUGCUGCCAGCUUUGUUUUUAUUACUUAUUGUUAAUUUUAUAACCUAGGAGAAACCUGCAUGGAGCUAAUGAGAUGUUGGAGCUGUGGUUUGCAAAUGUAAAGACACUGUUAGAUGAACCCAAGUUCCUAAUCUUGUUAUAAGACAGUGCCAUUUUCCUGGCUAGUCCUAGUUGUUGACUUCCAUUUCAAAGAAAGCCUUGUUGAAUUUUCCUUUGAAUAAAAAUUCCAUUUGACGUUU